UUGGUGUUUUUACAGCAUUGGCGUCCACUUAAUAGUAAAGGAGGUUAUGAUCAUGAUAAUGAUGAUGGUGACAAUGACGUUGAAGAUGAAGAUGACACAGAUUUUAUGGGGUUUGAGAAAGCUGCUGCCUUUGCUAAUCCAGUAUAAAGGAAGAAAACAAAGGGUAUGGAUUUUGGGAAAUGGAGAGAGUUUACUCAAGAUGAUAAAUCUUUCUUAGGCAAGGAUUUGGAAAAAGACGUAUCAAGCUAUGGCCCGACUACAGGGAGAAAGAAGAAUGAAAAUGGUGGUAAGAACACAUCCAAGAAAAUCUCAUCUUAUUCAGAUGGUAGUGUUUUUGCUUCUAUGGAAGUCGAUGCGAAGCCACAGUUAGUUAAAUUAGAUGGUGGUUUUAUCAAUUCAGCCACUUCCAUGGAAUUAGAUACUUCAAAUAAGGAUGACAAGAAAGAAGUAUUUGCAGCUGAGCGGGACAAGAUUUUUUCCGACAGAAUGACUGAUCACAGUUCCACGUCUGAAAAAAACUACUUCAUGCAUGAACAAGAGUCGACGUCUCUUGAGAAUGAAAUUGAUUCUGAGAAUCGAGCUCGUAUCCAACAAAUGUCAACUGAGGAGAUUGAAGAAGCCAAGGCUGAUAUAAUGGAGAAGAUAAGUCCUGCGUUAUUGAAAGUGCUGCAAAAAAGAGGGAAGGAGAAAUUGAAGAAACCCAAUAGUUUAAAAUCAGAAGUGGGUGCUGUCACCGAAUCUGUUAAUCAACAAGUUCAGAUUACUCAAGGAGCUAAACAUUUGCAGACAGAGGAUGACAUCUCCCAUACCAUAAUGGCACCACCAUCCAAAAAACAGCUAGAUGAUAAGAAUGUUAGUGGAAAGACUUCAACCACCACAAGUAGUAGCUCAUGGAAUGCUUGGAGCAAUAGAGUUGAGGCCAUUAGGGAGUUACGAUUUUCAUUGGCUGGGGAUGUUGUCGAUACUGAACAGGAGCCUGUGUAUGAUAAUAUCGCUGAACGUGACUAUUUGAGAACCGAGGGAGAUCCUGGUGCAGCUGGUUAUACAAUUAAAGAAGCACUGGAAAUUACUAGAAGUGUGAUUCCUGGACAAAGAGCCCUUGGAUUGCAUCUCCUUUCAUCCGUUCUUGACAAGGCACUAUGCUAUAUUUGUAAAGACAGAACUGAAAAUAUGACAAAAAAGGGGAACAAAGUCGACAAAUCAGUUGACUGGGAGGCUGUUUGGACUUAUGCACUUGGUCCUCAACCAGAGCUUGCUUUAUCACUUAGGAUGUGACUUGAUGAUAACCAUAAUUCUGUGGUGUUGGCCUGUGCAAAGGUUGUUCAAUCUGCAUUGAGUUGUGAUGUGAAUGAGAACUACUUUGAUA